GGGAGAGCGGAUAUAGUGGAUGCAGGGUCCGGGGAGAUCAGAUAUAGUGAAUGCGGGGUCCGGGGAGAGCGGAUAUAGUGAAUGCAGGGUCCGGGGAGAUCAGAUAUAGUGAAUGCGGGGUCCGGGGAGAGCGGAUAUAGUGAAUGCGGGGUCCCGGGGAGAGCGGAUAUAGUGAAUGCAGGGUCCGGGGAGAGCGGAUAUAGUGAAUGCAGGGUCCAGGGAGAUCAGAUAUAGUGAAUGCGGGGUCCGGGGAGAGCGGAUAUAGUGAAUGCAGGGUCCGGGGAGAGCGGAUAUAGUGAAUGCAGGGUCUGGGGAGAGCAGAUAUAGUGAAUGGAGGGUCCGGGGAGAGCAGAUAUAGUGAAUGC